AUGACCACGCGCGACGACAAGGAUGUCAAGCUUUCGGAGAAGGAUGGGUCCUCUGUUGACUCGUUGAAACUCGAGUCGAACGAGCAGUACGAUGCCGAGUUUGAGCGAAAGACCAUGCGUUACGUGGAUUGGCGAAUAAUCCCUGUUCUCGCCAUGGUCUACUCCUUUGCGUUGAUUGACCGAAUCAACCUCGGAGCAGCUCACACUGCUGGUAUGGGUGUAGACCUUGGACUGAUGACAGGGGACCGCUUCAGCAUUAUUAGUUGUAUGUACUUUGUCCCAUACAUUCUCCUCCAACUGCCUGGGAAUCUCGUUUUGCGCAAAUUUGGAGUCCGUAACUGGUUGACAUUCAUCGUCGUGUCAUGGGGAGCUGUCCAACUUGGCAUGGGAUUCGUAUACUCGUGGGGUUAUCUGGUUCUAUGCCGUGUCCUAUUAGGCGUGUUCGAGGCUUCGUUUUUCCCAUCGCUCCUCUGGAUUAUCACUGCCUGGUAUAAACGUCACGAAGUACACAAGCGCCUCGCAGUGUUUUACUUGAUCUCAGUCACCGCAGGAGGCCUGAGUCCCAUUCUUGCGUAUGUCUUUAGUCUGCUCAAGGGCCGGGGUGGACUUGAGGGGUGGAGGUGGAUUUUCAUCAUUGAAGGUCUCAUCACCUUGUUCUUGGGACUCAUUACAUGGCUCUAUAUUCCUGCGUUCCCGGACCAAAAUAAUUUCUUGACGCCUGAGCAGACGAAACUUGUCUUGAAGCGCAUCGACGACGACCGUGGCGACGCGAUUCCUGACCCUUUGACCGCUCAUAUAGUGUUUAAGCAUCUGCGCGACUGGACGUUGUGGGCGUACGGUAUCAUGUUCAUGUGUGCGGCAAUGCCCUCCUAUGCGCAAUCUUUCUUCAUCCCCAUUAUUCUCAGGGGAAUGGGUUGGUCUCAAACUGCUGCCCUACUCCUGAGUGCACCACCAUAUGGCCCUUCGAUUCCUACAACUAUGCUUGUUGCGUAUCUCUCCGACAGGUACAAACAUCGCAGUGGAUUCAUCGUACUGUGCGUCGUAGUUUGCCUGACGGGUGUUAGCCUCUUGGCUUGGGCGAAGCAAGAUGAAGUGAGGUACUUUGGUGCUUUCCUGACAAAUGCCGGCAAUUCGGGGGCGAUCCCAACUAUCUUGGCUUACUCUUCCAACAACGUGGUGUCGCACAGUAAAAGAUCGGUUCAAACCGCUAUGGUCGUUUCCCUUGGUGCAAUCGGAGGAAUCCUCGCAACGACCGUAUUCCGAGCCGUUGACUACCCACGAUACAUCCCAGGCCUUGGUGCUACACUGGGGUCUCAGGGCUUGCUUCUGUUCCUGCUCGGCGCUACCACAAUACAUUUCACUCGCCUUAACCGCCAGAUGCGUGAGGGCAAGCGACAGGAACCGCUGGAGGGUCAACCAGGUUUCUUCUAUACUCUGUGA